GUCGCAUUCCUCACACCUAUCCCCUCUCCCUCGCAUCGUCCCCGUUGUAUGUACUCUGAGCACGUCACAACGCACCGAGGUCGCAUACAUCAAUAGAGUAUCUAUUCCAAUAUGUUGAACGUUCGUGACAUGGGCUUUUCGCCCAAGAACUCAUAGGGUGUGUAUCCAUGCCCAUCUAUUUGUGCCUACUCGCACCUAUAUGUAGGGGGCAAAGGAGCGCGCGAGAACGAAGGGAAGGGAACGAAGCGACGCGUGGCUUCCAAGGCCCCCCAAACCCCCCCUCGCAUAACACCCCACCCAUCACCACCACCUUCCAUCACUCCCACCCAAACCCAAACCCAAUGGAUUUCUACCCCUUCCAACCGGACACCGCCCGCGACUACGAAGCCGAGGAGCUGGACGAGCUCGAGCAUCCCGAGGACGCGGGUGCGGCGCCCGAGAUCAGUCUCGCUUGGGAAGACGGCGGGGGGGAUGUCACGGCGCAGACGCUGGUCGUGGGCCUCGCGGCCGGGCGGAUGUUCCUCGACGCUUUCUUUGCUCUCGCCACCGGCGCCGCCACCGCGAAGAAAAUCGGCGCCAUUCGGCGGGGGGAUGUCGAGGUGGUGACGUUGUAUAGAUUGACGGACGCAGAGGGGGUGGUGGUGGUCGCGACGGUCCACGAGACGGAGAUUCAGGAUCCGGUUGCCAGUGUGUAUGCGCGGGUUCUUGUCCAGGGUGUUCUGGCGGAGCAGACGAUAUUACUGGGCACGUUGCAUGCGAGCGGGUUCGAGGCCGAUCUUCGGGACGCCGUGCCGCCUGUUCUGCGACGGCUGAGCACCGCGACCGCUUGCCCGGAUGUAAGGAUGGUGUUCUCACAAAGUGCGUUGUGUUCUUGGGAUACUCAAACCCAACCCCAUUCUCCCAAACAGCCCACUCAAACCCCGCUCCUCUCCCCGCCAACUAUCCUCACCGGCCCCGUCGCCGGGUUCCUCGCCUACCUGACUUCCCACGCCCACCCAACCCACACCUACCUCACCCUCCCCGAACGCACCUACGGGCACAGCACCCCGUCCGUGGCGUCGUUGCAGGCCUUUGAACGUGUUGCACGGGUUAUGUUGGGGGUGCAGGAUUCGGCCGGGGCGCGCGAGGAGAGAUCGAAGGCGUACCGGGCGGCCGCGCGAGUGGAGGGACGACACGCGGGCGAGGGACAUCUCUAUCUUUGAAUCGGCGGGUAUGGCGUUUCGAUAGAUGCGUAGGUAGUGAGAUACAGGUCUCACCCCGCUCCGCCAACACCUCCCUCAGCCCGCGCUUGAUCUCGCCGACGAUCCCCGGGCCGUGAUACGCCAACC